GUGUGUUUUACUGUGAUGAUAACAACUCUUUCUAUUCCAAUCUACUUUAUUAUGUUAUGUUCCAUUAAAAUGGAACAUUCCAAACUUUGUACAAGGGCUUUGACUUUGUUCAAGUAGAUGUGCAUUCAAGUAAGACAUCACCUUUGUGGACCAAUCAAAUGCUUCCAUAGAAACAUUGAAGUCAAUGAAGUUUAUGAUGUGAUCAGAUACUGUAUGGGUCUUUUGACUGCAUGAAUGCAUCUGGCUCUCAGAUAAAUCUUAGCUGGCAUUUCUUAAAGUACCUUUAAUAACUUUUUAAUACUUCAAAUAGUAAUAUUUUUAUACUAAAAAUAUUGUAUGGAGCUCACGGAAAUACAUUUUAGAAUAUGUGACUUUUUUGGCUUUCUCUGCUAAAAGGUUUCUGGGUUAAACACUUACAUACAAGGCUUUAUACUGGGUGAGGAUCAGUCCAAAUCUACCACAGUGAGGUUUGGGAAAACCAUUUAAUGUUACAGAUCAUAAGACAUGCAAUUUAUCGUGCAAUUUAUGAAAAAAGUAUCAUUCCCUGUCAAAGUUGAGAGAUGUCCAUCAGCUCAGGACAAACAGAAAUGUCAAGUGUGUAUGGGAUUACAUGAAAGAAAGAUAAUUCACACAAACAUACUAAUUUAAAGUGCAUGUAAGUCGGUGUUGUUGUAGUAAUGGAUUAAAAUGAAUGAGCCUUGUCCUUGAACUCUAAGAGAAUUCUUACACAAGUCUUUUAACUGGUUUGUGCACUAAAAGAAGUGGAAUUGUUUAUUUUCACUUGUUCUUUGAAGUCCAGAAACAUUGAGCCACAAAAUGUAUAGGUUAUAUAUUUAUCAAUAUGGUUAGAGAGUGCUUUCAGUGGCUGUGGUAAAAUGUACCUCAUCCUGCCCAGUGAAUUUGUUUUCUGGAAAUGGUACAGGGCAGAGAACAUGUCAUAUUUAAACCGCAGUGCCUCACAUUUGGGAAGUAAGUUUAGUUCAGUUGUUAUUGGUUAAACUGUCAUGAAAUAAUCUUUUUUUUCAGUGUGUAAGAGAGAUAUGAGGACAUGGUUUGGACAUAAAGGUCCAACGCAGAUGCAGAGACAUGACACAGUGAACAGUCAUCCCCAAAAAAAAACAGCCGGUCAAAUAUAUAAUCAAAUAUAUGAGCUGUCCAAGUAAUUAUUAACUCUCCUUCUUGCUGCAAGAGUGACUUUGGCCAAAGAAUUAUAGGCUUUUCUGCAGUUGUAAAGCUGUAAGACGGCAGGUGGUUGUCAACCGUUUAGGAAAUGGAGGACAAGAGGCAGAAGCUGAGCCUUAAGCGAGAUGUGGGACUGGCCGGGGCCGUGUCCCUGAUCGGUGGGACAAUGAUUGGAUCUGGGAUCUUCAUGUCUCCCCAGACGGUCCUCUACACCAUAGGUAGCCCGGGAGCUAGCCUUGUGGUGUGGGCGGCCUGCGGCUUACUGGUCAUAAUGGCCUCCUUUUGCUACGCAGAGCUGGGCACCGUCAUUCGAGAGUCAGGUGGAGAGUACAUCUACAUCCUGAGGACCUCGGGUCCGGUUCUGGCCUUCUUGCUGAUCUUCAGCUCUGUGUUUUUUGUGAGACCUGCUGGUGUUGCAGGCAUCGCCUUAAGCUUUGCCCAGUACGUUGUGGCUCCUUUCUACUCAGACUGUGCUCCUCCAGUGGUGGUGGUGAAGUGUGUGGCUGCAGCUGCGAUCAUAACUCUGGCCACUGUGAACUGCCUCAACGUUCGCUUUUCAAUGUCAGUCCAAGUGUUCUUUAUGGUAGCCAAGGUUCUAACCUUGGCGGUCAUAAUCUUAGGAGGAGUGGUUAUGCUCGUCAGGGGACAUAAUGAGAACUUUAAAGACUCAUUUGCAAAUACAAAUGUUGGCAUCAAUCCAAUUGGGAUCGCUUUCUAUCAAGGCUUGUGGUCAUACGAUGGCUGGAAUAAUCUUAACUAUGUGACUGAGGAGCUGAAACGUCCAGAGGUAAGAUGAUAAAAAGACAGUCUCUCACCACCGGCUGCUUCUGUCCUUGUCCUAGUACUGUAGCUAAACGGAGGCUACACUCUGGAGGUUCAGUUUCAUUUGUGUUCAGUGUUUGACAGCCAUACAUAAGGACAUUCAGUUUAAAGUACCUCUGUAUUCAAACAAAUCCUAUCUAUAAAUCUUAAAUAAUUUAGCAUGUUUUAAUACAUGCAUUGUAUGUAUAUGUAUAUACAUAUAUAAAAUGUUUAAAUUACACAAUAUGGGACAUUUACUAAUAUGUUUUUGAAUGUUUAUAAAUCUUACAUAUUUAAGAACAUA